AUGAGAAUUCGUACAUCGACAUUGAGUGUUACUACACCGAGUACCACAUUGCUCAUAAAUCACACCCAACACCAUCUGAUGAUGACAAUCGAAACUCUUAUUCGAAUAGAUAACGCUCUACGGCGUCAACAACAACCAGAACAAAUUUCUUUCACAUGUAUCCUAUUUGUGGCGGCAGAAUCUUCAAAUAAUCCAAUAACCACGAAUACAACAUUAGUCGAAGAAAACAAUUCAACAUUUUUGGAACCAAUCGCCGAGGCAUUGGUGCGAUAUAGGCGUCAUCCACCACGUACCAUAGUUAAGCAUAUUAUACGACCGAAACGUGUUAAAGUCAAGCGCUUUAAGAAACCCAAAAUAAAAUAUAGCUUUGCCGAACCGCCGACCACAAUCUAUUAUAAGAAAUCCAAACCAUCAUAUAGUCAUGCACCGCCCACAUAUGAUUCUUCGAUAUUCGAAGAUUUUUCACACAUUAAUGUGGAAUCGGCUGAUUUUGAUUUGCCACCAUCCAGUUAUGAGACACAAAGUAUGGAUUUCGAUUUAUACAAACAUUACGAAGAGCAGGCGGAGCAUGCCUAUAAGGAGAUUGAAAAGCCCUCAUAUAGUUAUAGUGCACCGGCAGAAGUUUCCCACAAAGAGGUGGCAAAAAUUCCCUCAUAUUCAUAUCCGGCACCAAAGGGUGAACGGAAACCUCAUACACAAUAUGGAGUGCCAACGGAAUUCACCUAUAGUACAGGUUAUGACAAACCCACUGGAAAUAGUUACAGCUACGAAGAAGAACAUCUACCGGAACAUGGUCAUUCAUAUGCAACUAGUUCUCAUGAUUCGCAUGGUGGUGGAGGUGGUGGUUACAGCAGUGAUUAUCAUGCACCAUCAUCUUCAUCAGCAUAUGAAGAUCAUUCAAAUAAAAUUCCAGAACAUGCUGCCGACUUUUCUAGUACCGGUUCACAUGGCAACGAUUAUUCUUACCAUCCAGAACAGGCAUCUUCAUAUCCGGAACAUUCAUCACAUCCUCAUGUAAUAGAAAGUGGAGGCGGCGGUGGACAUGAGGGGGGAGGUCAUGAUUAUCAGUAUUCGUCAUAUCAACCUCCCAAAGAGGAGUAUAACUAUAGCCCACCACAAAUGCCAGCCAAGCAUCCACCUCGCAUACCAGCCACCAAGUAUGGUGUACCGGAUCUACAUUUGCCGGUGGCAAAUUUUAAUAAUUAUAAUAAAUAUUCUGUACCAGAGCACAAACCUUCAUCAUCCUAUGACAGUUAUAACAACAAACACCACUUUGCUGAACCUCCAGAUCCACAAAAGACCACAGUGGAAAUAACCUAUUCACCAUCGUAUGAAAUCAAUGUGCCACCAAAGGGACAUUAUUACCCUGCACCAGCUCCUGAACAUCCCGAGUCCAGUUAUCAUCCAAAUCAGGGCCACCAAGAAGUUUCCGACUCACAUCAACCAUCACGAUAUGAACCAGCCCCACCACAAGAUCUACCCAUAGAUCAAAAUCAUCAACACCCUCCCUAUGAUUACCCCAAAUCAAGUUAUGAAGUACCGAUUUACGAUCCAAUACCCUUCGAUUCGUCUAGCCAUCAAAAGCAGGAGGUUUACCCUCCACAACCAUAUGAUAUUAAUGCCUGGCAAGAGGACACCAAUACCGAAUAUGAAGCCGAACCCAACAAUAAUGUAUCUGAACAAAGACCAGUAGAACCGGAAUCGUCACAGGAAAUGCCACAUGGGGAUGUCCAUUCAGCGGGUACACGGCCUCAUAGUCAAACCACCUAUGUUACACCACCAUCGCCAGUACAGGGACUGCCACAGCGUACUCGCAAAAGAAAACGCACGAAGGGUGGGUCACAAUAUCAUUCAACCACACUGGCCACAACCAAACACAUAUUGGAUGUGCCCGAACUGGAAGAAGCUUUUGAAAAGGAGAAACAAAAGGAAAAUAAAUAUUUAACAACAGAUCCCGAUAUUGAUGAAUCUCACAAGGUGGUGAAAGAAGUGAAACCCAAUAAUCAUGGACCAUGGAAUCCAAUGAGAAUUCGUACAUCCACGUUGAGUGUUACUAAACCGAGUACCACAUUGGCCAUAAAUCAAAAUUAUCAUCACAACAAUGACCAUCGAAACUCAUAUUCGAAUAGGUAUCGUACUACGACGACGACAACUACAACAACAACUAGUACAACAGAAGCACCCAGACACUAUCAACGUACUCGGACUUCGACUGCCACCACACCAGCACCACCAUCAUUAGUGCAAUAUCAAACAAAUCAUUUGCCAAAAAUUGAAAUUGUAUCGAUUGAAAAAUCACGUUCGAGAACCUAUUACGAUGGUAUUCUAUCAACACCGAAAAUUUACAAUACAAACUUUGUUCGAAAUCGUUAUAGAACAGUACAACAACCGGCCACCUCCACGAUAGCACCACAUCUUAGUGCUGGAUCAAGAUCAUCGUCUUCGGCGUCAUCAUCAUCCUCGACAACGACCGUGGAAAGGUUUCCAAAACGUACAACCAAAAAUGUAUUCGAUACGACCAUAUUCAAAAGUCCUCUCAACGAUCCGGAGGUUUAUCGUAACUUGCCCAAAAAUCAUAAAUUAUUUUAA